UCCCUCCACUAGUGGCGGCGCCUCGAGUAGCACUGCUCCGGGGAGCUCUUCUUCUGCCGCGAGCGUGUCGCGCAGUGUUGGUUCUUCUACCUUUAGUGGAGCCAGGACUGGAGGCGGCACAACGAGCGCUAGCGCGGGCAGUAGCACCGUUACAUCCGUCUCUAGUGGUACGGGACUCUCGAGGACGUCGGACCGGCCGACGUCGAGUAAUCACGGCGUAGGCCCGAGCUCGACGGUUGGGAGCAGCGCAUAUAGUCGGUCGUCGGCGGGCUUGGGUGCGUCGUCCGCCACAGGUGGCUCAGGAACGUCCUCUGUGGUGCGCACGACCGGCGGCAUGUCUGGGUCCGUCUCGGGUAGUGGGCCUGGCGAUCCGAACCUAUCAACGAGUGCGAGGGUAGCGUCGGGGAGUGGUAGUACGUAUGUGCCGACGACUUCGGCGGUGUCCAUGUCCGUGUCAUCCCCCGUCGGAUGGUCGUCCUCCUCUGUUGAUCUCGGUUCGAGUGGCAUGUCUUCUUCUCUUAUGAACCCCACGACUUUCACGACAGUCAUGACUUAUGUUACUGAUGUUACGAGUGAUGCGAGUGUUAUGAGUAGAUCGGAUACUGACCCUUCUCUUUCUUCUAGCCAUGCAUCUUCCUCUUCCAGCCGGUCCUCGACGUCUGCUAGUAGGAGCGCGUCAUCGUCCCGCUCAACAAGCAGUGUUCCGGCUUCUUCGGCUGCCCAUUCGUCUUCAUAUCCUCCAUCGUCAUCACUACCGAGCACGCCCUCAACGGUAUCACUCACCUCCCCUGUGACGACAGCGUCUGCCACGUACUCCUGGACCUACUCAAAUACUGCGGUCUCGUUCCCUGUUGUCAGCACGCGGACAGCUACAUACUUCGCCACGACGGACUCGACGACGACGGUGCACUCGGCGACGACGAAGACGGUGCACUACACGGAGACGACCGUCACGAAGACGUCCGUCUGGACGCUCACCUACACCAGUCAUGGGCAGACGAGCGUCACCGUGCGCUCGUCCGUCAUUGUCUCCGGCUCGCUCAUCCCUGAGGUCUCGGCCGGCGAGGCGAUUUUUGCGCGCAAUCAUGGUGCCCUCGCCGGGGUGAUCCUCGGCUCGCUCGCUUUCCUCUCCCUCCUCGGCGUCCUGCUCGUCAUCGCGCUCCGGAGACAUCGCGCACACAAGGCCGCAGAGGCCGCCGUCGCCGAGGCACUUGCUAAUACCGCUCGGCGCCGCCCUGCGAACAUGCUCGCGGACGAGGACGAGGACGAUCUUCCGCCGGGCUCGCCUACCAGUCCGACCGGCGGCAUGGCGCAGGUCGGAGGCCCCGCUAGCUUACAGGCUGGCGGAUAUAACCGUCUCAGGGGUGGCAACGCGAGUUCCUCGGGCUUUGAUAGGAUGAACAGUUCCGGGCCACUCUCAGGGUUCAGCGAACAGAGCGCGCUGGCGGACCUCGCGUUGGGUUCAUCGAGCUACUACGCUGGUGCAUUUGCCAGUGCUGCCUCUGAGGACGGGCAUGGUCGCGAACGUGAGCAUGACCUCGCUGACGGCUCGCCUCCACCGAUGUCGCGCACGAACAGCGGGGACGAAGAUGCGCAGGCGAGCUCGAGCGACCACCUGAGUGCGACGCCACUGUUGGGAGCUGCUGCCGUGGCUAGGCCGGGACGAUCUGAGUCGGGCUCGAGGUCGAGGAGCUCUUCGGGGAUGGACCCUGCGGCGUGGUUGAGCGGACGCGACAUGGCGUAUGCAGCGGUGCCGAUGAGUGCGAAUGCCAGCUCGAAUGUCCUCUCUUCGCCGCCACACUCGCUGGGGAACCCACUGGACCCGUUCGCAGAUCCUGCACCGCAUCCGUACACUGACCCAGCUUUAGCGGCGGACUCGAGUGCCAAUCCGUUUGUGGACCCGGCGCCCCCGUCGGGACAGCGUCAAUCAUGGGACGAGUUCGCUGCGCUAGGUGCUAUGAGUGAUGCCGCUGCUGGAGCACAAGGCUUUGCGAGCGGUUCCUCAAACGGACAUGGUACGGGCUCUGGAGGGGGCACCGGCUCGGGCGGAUACAACUCGGGCGGGUCGGCCUACGGGCACACCGGCUCUACGCACGCACUUGGAAGCGGGCCUGGCUCGUCCAGUGGGCACGGCCAUGAUGGCUGGUCCUCGGACGGUCAUGGUAAGCAGGCGGACGGUCGCUCGAGCAACGGUCAUGGAGACGGCUACAACCUCACCGCGAGCAAGCGCUCGAGUCUGCUGCCCACUGUCCCUGGCGUCCCCCCGCCGACCGCGUAUCGCUCACCAGGAGAGGGAGAGGACAACGAUGGCAGUGCGGGCAAGAAACGGAGACGGAGCUUCUUGGGCGUGAGCAGGCCGUGGAGGAGAGCGAGUGUGAGCGACUCGAGCGAGACGAGGGCGUCGUACGUCGAUGCAAGGAGCUCCUUCCCCGAGUCGGAUCCGCGCAGUUCGCAGUACACGGAUCCGCGUCUCUCUGCUGCGUCUAGCGGCGGCGGCGGACGAGCCCGAAGCGCGACAAUCAGCCCCGCGACCUCGCAGCAGGCGCUCACCGCACUGGGUGUGUCCAGCUCGCCCCGGAUGGCUGCUAUGGGCGGCAUGGAGAGUGCUCCUGGUACGCUCGGGCGCUCGACAUUCAAGCGACCGCAGUCGCCGACGCUCCCGCCAGGGUCGAUCCCGCCUGUGAUCAUACACAAUCAUGCACCCCCGGCUUAUCCGACGGCUGCAUAUUCCGUAGUCCCUUAUGGCUCAGGAACCUUGCCGCCCUCGUCGUACUCAAGUUCACAUCCGUACUCGUACGGCUUCCUAACGCCCUCGACCCAUUCAGAUGCUGCGUAUCCUUCCUCCUCGGACCUUCAUGGUGGACUACACCCGUGGCGAGGGCUGGCAGGAUUAUUUGGCACGCCCGACAUGCCGAGUCCUGCGCCGACGGAGACGAGUGACGCGGGCGCGCCUGAGGGACUGUUGGACCCCCGUCGAGUGGGCACGGUUGCGGGUGGUAUGGGUGCCGCUGGGAUGCGGAGUACGGGCGCGAUCAGCUUCAGGGAUGAGGUGGACUAUAGUAGGCCGAUCGGCGGGCUCGUGAACAAUCGUCAGCAUAGCCAGACGACGGUCCACACGACGAGCACGCGUCAUAGGACGUAUUAUACGGAAGACGAUGAUGAUGACGACGACGCUGACCGCGAAAGCAUCGAGCCGCAGGGCCAUGAAGAGGAUGAAGACAUCUCGUAUUUGCACGGUCUCGUGUCAUGAACGCGAGGAUCCGUUCAUUCAUCGCUUCUAAUUGUUUGCCUGUACAUAUUCACCGUCCUUCCUUCUGCAAAACCGGGCUGCCGCCCGUCUAGUUGCUAGUCGAUACGUGCG